AUGGCAGCCAUUCAGCUUAACUUCACCCUUCGCACUUCUGCCAACUGCAAGACUGUUCACCUGCUCGGCUCCUGGGACAACUACACCGGCCAGCUCCCGCUCUCCAAGGACUCCUCCAAGACUGGUGGCUGGAAGGGCGCCUUCCGCUUCCAGAGCCAGACCCUUAAGCAGGGCCAGCGCUACUGGUACUACUACAUCAUCGACGGCUACCACGUCUCCCACGACCCCGCCCGCGACUCCGUUGUCGAGCCCACCACCGGCCGCAAGCUCAACGUCCUCGACGUUCCCGCCGGCAAGGCCUCCGAGAAGGAGUCCCGUCAAUCCCGCCGUGCCAGCGCCGCCGUCCCCAAGGGCCGCCCCGUCGAGAAGUCCCAGAUCGUCUGCCCCCGUCCCUGCAAGCCUCAGGAGACCAAGCUCAUCCGCACCAUGGCUUUCCCCACCCAGACCAUGGAGCAGAUCGCCGCUCAGUUCGCCUCCACCCACCUCGAGUCCGAGGAUGAGGAGUCCGACUCCGAUGCCGACUCUGACGUCCCCUCGCUCGCCAGCUCCGUCUCCAGCAUGACCUCGUCCUGCUCCUGCGAGCGCUACGGUAUCACCCGCGCCGGUGACCGCGUCAAGCUCGACUGCGGCGGCUCUCGCUGCGGCUACUCCGACGACGACUGCAGCGACGACGAGGAGGUCCCCGCUCCCCGCGCCUGCAACCGCCGCCACGGCAUGAUCAUGAGCGCGUAA